CGAAAGCUCAUACCCUCAAUCUUAGAUUCAUACAAGCUCAAUAUAUUCAUCUUCCAUCUCAUCCGGUUCAUACAGGAGUCUUUAUUACACACCAUCGUCGUCCAGUUUUACUUCAUAUCCUAGCCUUCAAUUAAUCUCAAUCAAGUAUCUUACUUACCUACCUUAGACGGCCAGUUACAAUGCGCGGCAUUCAGCUCAAGGAAUAUGUCAAGUCUCCCAAGGAGCUCCGCGUGACGGACCUCCCAGACCCCGUCCCCAAGAAGGAUGACGAGUACCUCAUCCAAGUCCACGCCACGGCAGCCAAUUUUUUCGACAUUCUCCAAAUCCAAGGGAAAUACCAAACUCAACCUCCCUUCCCCUGGACAUCGGGCUGCGAAUUCGCAGGCAUCGUCCUCAAAGCCCCCUCCUCAAACGCAAAAUACCCCGUCGGCGCCCGCGUCUUCGGCGCCACCCAAGGCGCCUUCGCCUCGCAGUGCGUCGCCCGCGAAAAGGAGCUCCUCGCCAUCCCGGACGGCCAGUCCUACACCGAGGCCGCCGGCCUCUUCAUCACCGCGCCCACCUCCUACGGCGCCCUCGUCGUCCGCGCCGGCGUGAAACCGGGCGACAUCGUCCUCGUCCACGCCGCCGCGGGAGGCGUCGGCCUCGCCGCUGUACAAGUCGCAAAGGCCUUUGGCGCCACCGUCAUCGCCACGGCCUCGACCCCGCGCAAGCUCGACGUCGCCAAGGCCUUUGGCGCCGACCACGUCGUCGACUACCGCGAGGCCGACUGGCCCGCCAAAGUGAAGGCCCUCACCCCGGGUGGCCGCGGCGUCGACAUCGUCUACGACCCCGUCGGCAUGGUCGACGCCAGCACCAAGUGCACGGCGUGGAACGGCCGCAUCCUCAUCAUCGGCUUCGCGGCGGGCAAGAUUGAGAAGGUGGCCAUGAACAAGGUGCUCCUCAAGAACAUCAGCCUUGUCGGCAUCUUUUGGGGCCAGUACGGCGUCAAGGAGAAAGAGACCGUCGUCGAGGUGUGGAAGGGCAUCAUGAAGCUCGUCGCCGAGGGGAAGCUGCGCGGCACGGAGUUCACCGACGAGGAGUUUGUCGGGCUCGAGCGCAUUCCAGAUGCACUUAUUGCUUUGGGGAGUCGGGGGACUUGGGGUAAGGUCGUUGUCAAGAUCCCGCAGGACGGUCAGAGCAAGUUGUAGAAAGCAAAGUUGUUGCGAGACGGUUGGUUUUUUUGGCGAAUAGAGCGAGGCCUAUCUAGAUGACAUUUUGGAUCAGUCACAUAUGCAAGUGUUCAAUGUCGUUCACAACUCUGUAGACAGGCACUUCGAAUGUCGUGCUUCCAAUUGUUCUUGUAUUCACAUUUGCCAUUGCCAGGAGAUGCGCCAAG